AGUGCCUGCGUCUUUCCGGCUGCACCGUGACCUCGGGCUGCGUCGCCGGGCAUGGCGGCCUGGGGCCCGGCGGCCGCUGCGCCUCUGCUCCGCGGGAGCCGCGGGCUCCCCCUGUGGCACUGUGCCCAUCGGAUGUUUGCCUCCCAGACAGAGGGGGAGCUCAAAGUGACCCGGGUUCUCAGAGAAAAGUUCCCUCGAGCCACCGCUAUCCAAGUCACAGACAUCUCAGGAGGCUGCGGGGCGAUGUAUGAAAUUAAAAUCGAAUCAGAAGAAUUUAAAGAGAAGAGAACUGUCCAGCAGCACCAGAUGGUCAAUCAGGCACUAAAAGAAGAGAUCAAGGGCAUGCAUGGCCUUCGGAUAUUUACCUCUGUCCCCAAGUGCUGACCACAGCCCGGCUCCGUGACUGCUCAUGCUUAAAACCUGAGUGCCCUUCGCUCACAGCAAUAUUCCAGAAAAAUCCCUGCCCCCUCCAAAAGUAUCUAUUUUUUGUUCAUAGACAUUUCUAUAUUAUAAUUAUAGGAAAUAUGUUAUCUAUUUAGAGUUAAUUAAAGAUCACAGGUACCUACCGCUCAGAA